AAUUCCCGGAUAAGGAUAACGCGGGGGCGUGACAUCUGGUUGGAUAAGCGAUGUGGUCUCGUUUAGCUCCUUUUGUUAGACGAAACAAUUGGUGUCGUCGCCUUGUCAGUUACGAGGCGACGAGAAGCAAUUUGAUGGUCAACAAAGAUACCAAAGUUAUCUGUCAGGGAUUUACAGGCAAGCAGGGUACUGUGCACAGUGAACAGGCUAUCGGGUAUGGGACCAACAUGGUGGGCGGUGUGUCGCCAAAGAAGGCUGGAACCACUCAUCUGGGGUUGCCCGUAUUCAGCAGUGUUAGAGAAGCUAAGGAUGCUACGGGAGCCGAUGCAUCUGUUGUAUACGUUCCUCCACCCGUUGCUGCUGCGGCCAUUCUAGAGGCAAUAGAAGCCGAGAUAGGAUUAAUUGUUUGCAUCACCGAGGGAAUACCACAACUCGACAUGGUCAAGGUCAAGCAUGCACUCGAAAGACAAGACAAGACGAGACUUGUAGGUCCCAACUGUCCGGGAGUAAUCAGAGCCGGACAAUGUAAGCUCGGCAUAAUGCCAGGGCACAUUCACACCCCCGGAAAAAUCGGAAUUGUGUCUCGCUCAGGCACUCUUACGUACGAAGCUGUAGCACAGACGACGCACGCCGGUCUCGGUCAGACUCUGUGCAUCGGAAUCGGAGGUGAUCCAUUUAAUGGGACAAAUUUUAUUGAUUGUCUGGAGGUGUUUAUUCGUGAUCCGCACACUGAGGGUAUUGUGUUGAUCGGUGAGAUCGGAGGCGGGGCUGAGGAGAGAGCGGCCGAGUAUCUGAGUGAACACAACAUGGGACCGAAUGCUAAGCCGGUUGUUGCGUUUAUAGCUGGCUUGACGGCCCCGCCUGGACGGAGGAUGGGGCAUGCUGGUGCUAUUAUAUCUGGUGGAAAAGGAGGAGCAGACUCGAAGAUUGCUGCUCUUGAAACUGCAGGCGUGAUUGUCUCAAAAUCUCCUGCAAAAAUCGGGUUGACUCUCAAAGAGGCCAUGGAGCGGUGAAAAGACAACCUCAAUAAUAGACUCAAUAGCAACUGUCAUGUGUCCUUAUCCUAUAUCAUAAAACGAACCACUUGGACAUUUGUAGUUCAUAAUCUGAGCAAUACAAACAGACACAUCCAUCCUCCA